AUGGAAAAGAAGAGUCCGCUGGGCCCAGUGCUGGGUCCUGUGGGGGCCGAGAGGGAGCACUCAGCUAGCUGCCUUUGCGACUUGGGGCCUGGGCCAAUCGUGUGCGCAGAUUCUGAAAGUCAAGGUUUUGGCAUCCAAGUUGUGAGCAUCAAUGCCACAAGUAUGAACUUGACCUGGGAAAUCAGGGACACUGUGCCACCCUCUGUCUACACCUACAAAAUACAAGUUGUAGGGGAGAACCAGUUCUUCAAUCUCACGGCCAAUGAGACUCAUGUUGUCAUCCCUGGACUCACAUCCAGCACCUUAUACAACAUCACUGUGCGUCCUUUGCAAGAUGAUGGUGCUGAGGGCACGCCCGGCUUUCUCCAAGUGUAUACUCACUCCAACUCCACAGAGAGAAGCCCAGCAGAGAAGCAGCGCAGUGGCCCCACUGCCCCUGGGGACACAUACCUCCUGGAGCCUGCAGACCCAUCCCGGGGGAGACCCACCCUCUCACCAGCGGUCACACAAGUUCAGCUUGUUGGAUUGAAGUCUGGCAUGAAGUACAAGGCCACUGUUUAUUCUCAGGCAGCAAAUGGCACUGAAGGACAACCCCAGGACAUAGAGUUUAGGACACGUAUUCAAGUUUUUGGCAUCCGAGUUGUAAGCAUCAAUGCCACAAGCAUGAAUUUGACUUGGGAAAUCAGGGACACUGUGCCACCCUCUGUCUACACCUACAAAAUCCAAGUUGUAGGGGAAAACCAGUCCUUCAAUUUCACAGCCAAUGAGACUCAUGUUGUCAUCCCUGGACUCACAUCCAGCACCUUAUACAACAUCACUGUGCGUCCUUUGCAAGAUGAUGGUGCUGAGGGCACGCCCGGCUUUCUCCAAGUGUAUACUCCCCCUGGUCCAGUCUCUGAUUUUCGAGUGAAAAGUGUUGGCACAACAGAAAUUGGCUUGGCUUGGAGUAGCAAUGACUCGGAAUCCUUUAAGAUAGUUACCAGACGGGAUGGAGCUGGGGAACCUCAGGAUGAAACCACCACCAUCAACCACAGCAUUACCAUUGGUGGCUUAAACCCUGGAACCAAGUAUCAUUUUGAAAUAUUCCCACAAGGACCAAAUGGGACACAAGGGCCACCUCAAAGAGUUGUUGCUCAAACUGAGUCCAGCGCGGUGUUUGACAUCCGCGUGGUGCGCGUCACUACCACCGAAAUGGAUUUGGAGUGGCAGAGCACUGACAGCACUUCCAAGUACAUCUACCAUUUAGAUAUACAGCCUGAGGUCAGUGCUAACAAAACGGUCCGGGGUCGCAAAGCGAUCACUCUAAGCGGCCUAACACCGGGCACUCUCUACAGCAUCACAAUCACUCCGGAAGUGGGGGGCGUCCGAGGGAACUCCAGCUCCACCUCACAAUACACACGGCCCAGCAACGUGUCCAACAUUGAAAUAAGUACCAACACCACAGCUGCGACCUUCAGUUGGCAGAACUUUGAUAACGCCUCUACCAUGUACACUUAUCACCUUCUUAUUGAUGGAAAUUUCAGCAGCCCAAUAGAAGAAACCACAGAUGUUGGAAUCACCUCUGCUACAGUUACUGAAUUAAUACCUGGCUCACCUUACACAGUAGAGAUCUUUGCACAAGUUGGGAAUGUCACUGAAGGAGCAUCUAGCUAUGAGUCAUUCUGUACAGAUGCCGCACCAGUGGACUUCCACUGUGAGAUGGUCGCCAAAAAGCCAACCUUGGUUCUCACCUAUGCCUGCCCUCCUGGCACCAAUGCUGGCUUCAAGCUGGAGGUCAGCAGUGGGGCCUGGGACAACAUGACUUACCUGGAGACCUGCUCCUUGCAGAAUGACACCGACUACAAGACAGAACUCAUGUAUUUGAAUUUUUCUACCUCGUACAACAUCAGCAUCACCACCUUGUCCUGUGGAAAGAAUGCAUCCCCCACCCAAAACACCUGCACCACUAGUAUCACAGACCCUCCUCCUCCAGAUGGAUCCCCUAACAUCACAUCUGUCAGUCACAACUCAGUAAAGGUCAAGUUCAGUGGGUUUGAAGCCAGCCACGGGCCCAUCAAAGCCUAUGCUCUCAUUCUCACCACGGGGAAAGCUGAGUAUCCAUCGGCAGAUGUUUUGAGAUACAGAUAUGAGGAUUUCAAAAGUGGGGCCUCAGAUACUUACGUGACAUACCUCAUAACAACAGAUGAGAAGAGUCGUUCUCAGGGCUUGUCUGAAGUCUUGAAAUAUGAAAUUGAUGUUGGGAACGAGUCAACCACGUGUGGCUAUUUCAAUGGGAAGUUGGAACCUCUUGGCUCCUAUAGAGCUUGUGUGGCGGGCUUCACCAAUAUUACCUUUAACCCUCAAAACCAUGGACUCAUAGAUGGAGCCGAGAGCUACGUGUCCUUCAGUAACUACUCAGAUGCUGUUUUCUUGCCCCAGGAUCCAGGUGUCAUCUGUGGAGCAGUGUUUGGCUGUAUCUUUGGUGCCCUGGUCAUUGUGGCUGUGGGAGGCUUCAUCUUCUGGAGAAAGAAAAGGAAAGAUGCAAAGAACAAUGAAGUGUCCUUUUCUCAAAUUAAACCUAAAAAAUCGAAGUUACUCAAAGUGGAACAUUUUGAGACCUACUUUAAGAAGCAGCAGGCUGACUCCAACUGCGGGUUUGCAGAAGAAUACGAAGACUUGAAGCUCGUUGGAAUUAGUCAACCCAAAUAUGCAGCUGAAUUGGCUGAGAAUAGAGGAAAAAACCGCUAUAAUAAUGUUCUGCCCUAUGAUAUUUCCCGUGUCAAACUUUCAGUCCAGACCCAUUCAGCUGACGACUACAUAAAUGCAAACUACAUGCCUGGCUACCAUUCCAAGAAAGACUUCAUUGCCACACAAGGGCCUUUGCCCAACACCUUGAAAGACUUUUGGCGUAUGGUAUGGGAGAAAAAUGUAUACGCCAUUGUUAUGUUAACCAAAUGUGUUGAACAAGGAAGGACCAAAUGUGAGGAGUACUGGCCCUCUAAGAAGGCUCAUGACUACGGGGACAUAACUGUGGCAAUGACGUCAGAAAUUGUUCUUCCGGAAUGGACCAUCAGAGAUUUCACCAUCAAAAAUAUCCAGACAAGUGAGAGUCACCCCCUGCGACAGUUCCAUUUCACCUCCUGGCCGGACCACGGUGUUCCUGACACCACUGACCUGCUCAUCAAUUUCCGGUACCUGGUUCGUGACUACAUGAAGCAGAGUCCUCCUGAGACGCCUAUUCUGGUGCAUUGCAGUGCUGGGGUUGGAAGGACAGGUACCUUUAUCGCCAUUGAUCGUCUUAUCUAUCAGAUGGAGAACGAAAACACUGUGGAUGUGUAUGGCAUUGUGUACGACCUUCGAAUGCACAGGCCUUUAAUGGUGCAAACAGAGGACCAGUAUGUUUUCCUCAAUCAGUGUGUAGUGGAUAUUAUCAGAUCCCAGAAGGACUCAAAGGUGGAUCUCAUCUACCAGAACACAACGGCAAUGACAAUCUAUGAAAAUCUUGCGCCAGUGCCUACGUUUGGCAAGACAAAUGGUUACAUCGCCUGAUUCCCAAGGAAAACCUCUCUGAAGUUAACCCGACCAUCACACCCACAGCGAAGGAAAACGCCCUGCUGUUGACAUGUUUUUAUAUGUCUACUAUCUUAAAUCUUUGUUCUGUUUUGUUCAAACUAAUUUUGAGGGCGUGAAGCUGCACAUAUGUGACAUGACAUUUGAGAAGUUGGGGCUAGCAGGGGCUGUGGAGGGGUGGUGUGUAGAUCAGCCACAUUCCUGAUGACCAAUGGGAUGAGUUCACUUUUUUUUUUUUUUUAUUUGUUUGUUUCCCUUGAAGAUUGUGGAAAACCAGGAAAAGUGAGCUAUAGUUUUUUUUUUUUUUCUUCUUUUUUCAAAACAGAUUCUUUUUAAAAAGACUAUUUUAUAUGGUUCACAUGCUAAAGCCAGGAUGGUGUUGGGUUGAAUAUAUUUUAAGUAUCAGAGGUCUAUUUUUACCUACUGUAUCUUGGAAUCUAGCUGAUGGAAAAUACAGAAUCGUGGAGGAUUAUCAUGUCGGGAGGGUGGUACCUCUUCCACAUGACUUUUCUAUUUGAACACGUGCCUUUUCUGAAUUAUUCUUCCACAGGCAAAACUCAGUAGAUGUCUCUAUUUUUGUAUUGAAUCUCAUGAUUGGAAUAUACGGAAUAUUUAAACAGUAGUUUAGGAUCCCAGGUUCCACCUUCUCAGUAACAUUCCUGCCCUCGUUUGGUGAGAGGAGGUCUCCCCGCUCCCCCGGACCCUUUCACUUCUGUUCUAUUUU